CCUAGAUUGGCCCAAUUGACAUUCUUGAUCAAAGCUUGUUGAGCUUUGUCUUCUCUUCGCUUCAACACUCUCGGUCCACUCCAUUCGUAGAUUUGGGAGAUCGUUUGCGGCUUAAACCCUCGAAAGGUGACUCCAGUGAGCUUCGUUGCACUUUGCUGAUCGUUUUCUCUGCAAUUGCUAUGGCGGAUGAGGAACUUGUUGAUCAGAAGAAGUACUACGAAGAAUCUUGCAAGCCAAAGUGUGUAAAAUCUUUACUCGAAUAUCAGGCAUGUGUUAAAAGGAUCCAAGAUGAUGAUUCUGGGCAUAAGCAUUGCACUGGACAGUAUUUUGAUUAUUGGUCUUGUGUUGACAAAUGUGUUGCACCCAAGCUGUUUGUGAAACUGAAGUAAUGAGGGGAUAGCUUUGUUUUCAUGUCGCUCUUUUGUUCUUCAACCAGACAUCUCGUGGAUUGUGUCUUUUGCUGCAAACUUUUAAUGUUUGUAUGUUUACUUUUUAAUCAGCUUUAUGGGAGACCUUUGAGUUAAUAAUGACUUUUGUGGAUUAAAAUUGUUUUACUUGGAUUUUAAUGUUAAAACAGAUCUGAAAUAAUAAGAAAAUGUGUUGAGACUUUUCAUUAUUGCAAAAAUGAAGUUAAAGUCCCAUGUGCAGAGCUGAAUACCUAUACAAAAACAAGUUCGUGUGAAUUGUUUUGAGUUUGUAGAAUUUCAUUUACUAUGG